CAUUUUAGAGUUUAGGCUUUAAGACUGUAUUAUUCUCACAAUAGAGUGCAGUCACAGAGGAGGUAGAUGUGGUUGAUAAAGUGACACUGACUCCAGGUGUGAGCAGAUACAGACACAUAAUAACUUCACGGUAGAGUUGUCCAGUCUGACGGCGGGGGGGAUGAAGGACCUGCGGUGGCGCUCCUUCCUGUCACUGUAGUUUCAACAGGGAGAGAGACGUUCACUGUCCGCCGAAAGGAAGCUCCUGCCCAGUUCACAGAAAUGAAAAACCUACAUUUCAAGGAUUUCUUCUGGAACUCUGACCUGACCUGCACUGCUGGCUAUGAUGCUAUCAUCCAGUAUCUCAAUGAUGGCAAGAGGACAUGCAAGGAGGUGGAGGAGUUCAUGAAAGCCAGGGCAUCAAUUGAAGAGAAGUACGCCAAAGAUCUCCUCGGUUUGUCCAAGAAGGUGUGUGGACACAAUGAGAUGAACACAUUAAAAAAGUCCCUGGACAUGUUCAAAUUACAGACUGAACAUGUGAGUCUAUCGCACUUACAGCUGGCGCAGAGCAUGAGGGAGGAGGCCAAGAAACUGGAAGAAUUCAGAGAAAAACAAAAAGAAAUGAGGAAAAAGAUAGAGCAACAGAUGGAUGUUCUCCACAAACAGAAGUCUUCACAGUUCAAGAAGACAAUGGAUACAAAGAAGACAUACGAGCAGAAGUGCCGAGAUAAAGAAGAAGCAGAGCAGAACGUGAACCGAAACACCAACACCAACAACACCAAGCACAUGGAGAAGCUCUACACAAAAGCACAGCAAGCAAAACAGAAUGCAGAAGACGCAGACAGGUUAUACCAGCAGAAUGUGGCCACACUGGGAAAAGCUACAGAUGAAUGGCUGAAGGAACAUGUCAGGGCCUGUGAGAUGUUUGAAAAACAGGCAAUGGAGCGUAUCAACUUUCUCAGAAACACAGUCUGGACUCACCUCAACCAGCUAUCCCAGCAGUGUGUGACCAGUGAUGAGCUGUACGAGGAAGUGAGGAGGUCACUGGAACAGUGUGAUGUCCAGGAAGAUAUUGAGCACUUUAUAAAUCUCAGACGGACUGGUGACAAACCACCAGCUCCAGUGGUGUACGAGAACUUCUACAGUGGUCAGAGAUCUCCAACUGGAGCUCCACCCUCUCGACUGCCUCCACCAAUCGUCAGGAGGGGGCCAUUACCUGAUCCAACAAACAACAGCAGAGAUACCGUCUACUCGACAGUGCAGGACACAGGGUACAGCGUUAUCCAGUACUAACAUACAGAUCAGGUGGUCGAGUUAUUGUACAACUCUGCAAUGGACAUGAAGGUUACAUAACUCUCAUCACUUCCUCCUUUGUGAUUUCCUCUAAAGAUAAGGUGGAACCACAUGCAAAUGAGUGUCAUAUCUGUGUACAUACAUAUUUUUGGGGGACGUUAUGUGAUGUUUUAAACAUGUCACAGUUUUAUAAACAGUAAACAUCAUUAUUUUAUUCUUUUGUUCUUGUAUUUUUAAAAUCAAUCAUCAAAUUCUGUAAAAUUAGAUAAUAAACAUAUAACAGUGACAUCCAGCUAAUUACUGUAUGAACUUAGCAAGACAUUUCCACUGUUUCGAUCAUAGCAUAUUUAUUACCAACGCUUAUAUUGUGCAAGUCUCUAUCUUCUACAUAAUUGCAUCUUAAUGUAUCUUCACUUUAGUAUUUAUUUUUGUGGAUCUGUACUUCUGCAUAGGGAAUAGAGAAUGUUUUCAUCUGCUCUUAGAUGUGAGAGUAACACGUCAGCUGACAGCGAUUUUGUGAUCACACAUCAACCACUCACUCAACCAGCAUCCUGUCAUUUUGAAAGUCCUCCAAAGUUUAUUUCCUGAACAACAGGUUUAUAUACUAUUAAGUAAAUUAGUUUCUGUUUAUUAAAGAAAGUUAAGUUAGAUUAAGGUCUAUGCCCUUGAUUGACAGUCAACUAAUUUAAAUAUGCAUGCGACCAUGCCAUGCAAUAUUUUCUGAAUGCUGAAAGAUUGUUGGAAUUUUAGCACUUUGAUUUUGCUUUAUUUAAGAAGAUUUUGUAGAAAUUGCUACAAACUGACUGAGUGGAGCAGACCUGGUGUUGGUUUUGUAUAAAUAAAAGUUCUUCUUAGCACUUAAAGUAUGAACUUUCUCUUCGAUUGCCUGCAUUUACACCUGCUUUUUCUUAUUCGAAUAAUCACGAAGGCAGUAUUUUAUUUUGGCUAUCAACAAUGAAAGGUUCAGAUAAAAAUGUGUACAGCUUUAUUUCCAUCACAUUUGGCAACAAAUUUUCGGCAUGUAUUUUUGCAUUUUAUUAUACGGUCCUCAAUGUGAGUAAGAGCUCCUGGUAACGAUGAGGUCAACUUUAGGAUGGCCACUUCUCUCUGCUGGCUGCUGUUUGUCUGCAGGUGUUCAUCACAAAUACCAGAGCAAAUAGGAAUAGGCAUCCAGUAGUCCCCAGGACCACUGAACCCAGAGGUCCGUUGAUAGUUAUAGAAAAGGUACUGGUCUGCGAGUUCUUCAGUGCCAAUCAGGUCCUUUGGUGGUCUGAUAUCACACUGUGUGCUCUGAUUUGAUCAGAUCCAGAAUCACCUGGAUGGUCCUCUCACCUACAGCACACAGAGACAGGAUCAAAUUAAAGUGCCAUGUUUUCCCCUUGUUUAUAUCUGCAGAGUUCUGCUUAAAGACUGUAUAUACACAUACAGUAUACAAUACUGUAAACGGCAGAGAUCAUUUGGCUUGUAAAAAUAUCUUAAUCUAAUAAUCUUCAUGAGGAACAACUGAUAAACAGUAGAGAGCAACUGAAAUGACUUCCAUGUAUUAACCGUUGUCAAGAAUGGUAAAAAAAUGAAAGCCAUUCAGGAUUUACAACCAUUUACUUCAUGAUUUUUCAGGUUUAGCAUUAUGAUCGUAGAUACAUCAUGGUCAUUGUGUUCAUUUUAAUUCUAUGCUGCUUACUUUUGGAAAAAAAAAAAAAAAGAUGUGUGUCGCAUCGUGAUGCUUGAGUUUACCUUCCAGAUUCAUCCUCGGGUUCUCCAGCUUCUUUUCAAGCAGAGAGUCCAUGAGCUUCCUCAGGUGUUUGAAGAUCACACCAAUCCGAACAGGAGCCUUCAAGGGCGAACGACAUGGAUUACAUUAAAUAAAGCUGGAAGAAGAUUCAUUUUGUUAGCCCACAAAGUAAAGCAUGCACACAACUGCUGCAACCAGAGAAACCGCAGUGACCUCUGACCUGGAAGUGGAUCCAUCCGUCGAGUGUGAUGAGCCUUUCUCUGUGCUGAAUAUCGAUGUCACCUCCGAACAGCAGCAUGGGGAAAGGAUGUAUCAGACUGGUGUCUCGCAGGUAGAUCUUAGUGUAUUUCACCUGUGUGUAAACACUCAUUAACAACAAUGUGACCAAAAAAAAAAAAAAAACUUAUUACACACACACACAGCUCACUCAUACCUUCUCCUGGUACAGCAGCCAGCCGUGUGUCUGCAGGUUGCGGUUGACAGAUGAUGGGUGGACCUGAGCCUUGCCUUGGGGCGUCUCUACUGUGCAGGCGACCCGCUCCAGCACGUCCACGGAGGGGGUGCAGACAACCCGAGCCACGCUGUCGUAGAGCCCCGCCGUCAGCACUGCGUUCAGGACAGCGAUGUGCUGCUUGGUCAGCGGGAUCGCCUGAGCUUUGGAGCGAGACGACCAGAAACCUGCCUGCUCCAUCAUCUUCAUCAGCUCGUGCUUGAUAUCCUGGAAAAAAGACGGAGUCGGAUUAGGCGGGAGGUGGAAGAGAGAGAUAACCUGUGUUAAAAAGAGCCACUGCUGAGGAUGUGUGUGUGUCACCUCUAUUGUCAUGAGAGCUGUACGAUUGAGGAAGUGUUUCCUACAGUAGGACAUUUCUGCUCUCAGUCCCUCCGUCUGUGUGUUCUUCCACCUUACAGUCAGAAAGCAGGGAGAAAAUGAGCCAUCAAGAUUGAUCAUUUUUAAUAUUUAAAAGAUUUUGACAGUAGAGUAUUCAUGAACAACCACUACCCUUGAUACUAUCAUGAUGGCUUCUACACUGAAUACCAGCAGGGUUUUAACAGCUUUUUAAGGGGUAAAUUCAAGCACUUUCAAGGACCUUUAAAGUAUCUAAACCGAAAAUGUCGAUUCUCUGGAAAUCUGUAUCAUCACAUCUACUCUGUUGCUAUAAACGCAAUUGUGAAAAAUAAAGUUGACAGAAUUCCUUUAAAC